AUGGCUCUCCGUAGUCCAGCGGUUCAGCACGACGAAGCCAGCCGUGAAGUUGGAGGAGGUGAAGAAGCAGUUGUUCGUCGGCCUCGGGAGGGAGGUGUCGCACGACCCUUUGCUGCGGGAGAGGGGCGCCAUCAGGAUACUGGAGAUCGGCGUCGGAACAGGUUCUAAUUUCACGUACUACCCUCCGGACACACACCUGGUGGUGGUGGAUCCCAACCCGAACUUCGCCAGGUAUUACCACGCAAACAGGGACAGGUUCAGCCACAUCCAAUGCGAGAAGUUGAUAACGUCCACAGGCGAACGCAUGGACAUGGUGCCUGAUAACAGCGUGGACGUAGUUGUGAUGACGUUGGUUUUGUGCACCAUUGAAGACCCUUGCAAGAUUCUGCAACAGAUUAUUCGGGUCCUUGUGAAGGGAGGAAAAUUUUACUUCUUCGAACACAUCCGGGAAUUCGACAGCGAGAGGCACCGCCUGCGGCAGAAACUACAGGACCUGCUGACGACGAGCGGCCUUGCCCCUUACUUCCUCGAGGGCUGCUGCCUCAACAAGGACAUGCUGCCUGCCAUAGGAGCUGCCGGAUUCUCCAAAGUGAGCGCGGAGAGGUUCUACGCGCCCAUCGACAGCUUCGUCUACCAGCUGGUGAAGCCUUGCCUCCGGGGAGUCGCAGAAAAGUAGACUUGGUGAUGUGUAGUGUUGGAUAAGAUAGAUGGUAAUUUGUAAUAUAUGGUAAUUUGGAUGUGUAUGUGUAUGUGAAUGUAACUAGUGCCUUUGGUAUUAUUUAAAGCACCCAAUGAAAGUCCACAAACGCACAUACACGCGUAUAUGUGUA